AUGUCCGGCGACAAAUCAGCCAGAAAGGCCCCCAAGGCGGAACGAACUCCUGAAGAACAGGCCAAAAGAGACGCCAAAAAAGCGGCCAAGAAGGCUGCAGCUGCCAAAGAAGCUCUGGUCACCUCGGAUCUCCAGGCAGAGACUGAGCCUGCAGGCGAGGCCACGCCCGAUGCGACCACAGAGGAAGGCGAUGUUGCUGCCUCGGAUUCCAAAAAGCGAAAGAGAGAAGGUGCUGCUGAAGGCGACGAGCUGGAAAUCGAUGUCUCUGCCCCCGCUCCUCUCUCCAAAGCUGAAAUUCGAGCUGCGCGAAAGAGGGCCAAGCGUGGCGACAACAGCGAAGCUCGACCCAAGCUGAAAGACUAUGAAAAGGUCGCGAAGAAGGGUGACAAAGAUGGAAAGGAUGAGGCGGCUGAAGCUCUGGAAGGCAAGGGCAAGAGACAGAAUUCCAUAUGGAUCGGAAAUCUGGCGUUCAAGACGACGUCUGAAGGUCUCAAGGAGUGGUUCGAGAAUGGUCUGAGUGGGCUGGGCGGAAAAGGCGAAGGCAGUGUCACCAGAAUCAACUUGCCGAAAAAGAACAACAAAGCCGGAUUUUCAGAGACAAAAGGGCAACUCCAAGAACUAUCACUCAAACUGUCCGAGUCCCCUUACCUUGGCAGACGAGUGUUGAUCAAGAAGGGCGAUGACCACACCGCUGCUCCGGACGCCCGUACUCCCAAACAGACCCUCGCCGUUCGCGCGGACGAACUUGGCUCCAUCUCUAAACGUCCCGAGACUUCGUGUAUAUACAUGGGCAACCUGCCUUUCGAUAUCACCGAGGUUCAGAUUAGAGACAUAAUCGAAGAGAAUGCGCCGGAAAGGGAAGCUGAAGAGGGCGAGGAGAUUAUUGGGGACAGAGGUGGAAAGAAGAGUGGGUUGAUCAAGGUCAGGUUGGCAGCUUUCGAGGACACUGGCAGGUGCAAAGGCUUUGCGUUCCUCGACUUUGUCUCUGCCCGGCACGCCAAGUUUUCUCUUGCCAACCGCAAGAACCACUACUUUAACGGCAGAAAGCUCAACCUCGAGUUUGCUUCCGAGUCGUCAGCGAAGCGAAGCGGCGCCGACAAGCUCCGCAAAUUUGCCGGCGAAGGCAAGCCCAAACCUCGCUUCCCGCCCCGCGUUGAAGGUGAAGGCGGUGACGAUGAGGAGAGACCCGUUGAAGCCGAGAAGAAGGACCAGAGAGGCAAAAAGUGGGAAGCCAGCGGACGACAGAGACCUGGAGCGGCGUUGGCUAUGGCCAAGAGAGAGAAUGUCGGUAUCGUGGAGGGUUCUGGUACCAAGGUCACGUUCGAUUAG